AUGGCAGGACUCGGACUACGCGGGGCUGCUCUUAUCACCGGAGCAGGUGGUGCUCUCGGUCGGGCAAUUACUCUGCAAUUUGCGCGCGAUGGUGUGCGACGUAUCGCUGCUUUGGAUCUUUCAGAUAAAGGAUUGACGGAAACGGCUGAGGCCUUGAAAUCUGAAGUCCCAAACGUGGAAUUUUUGCCGAUAUCGGUCGACAUAGGCGAUGAGGAGCAGGUCAUUCGUGCUUUUGGGUCGACCGUGAGUAAGUUUGGGAGGAUCGACUACGCGAUCAACAAUGCGGCAAUUGCUGCUCCCUUCCUACCAACAGGCGAGACAACGAUUGCGGACUUUGAAAGGGUCCAGAGAGUCAAUCUCAGGGGAACGUGGCUCUGUGAAAGGGAAGCGCUGAAACAAAUGGUGAACCAAGAACCCCUGGAGGCGCUCUUUAUCGAUACCCCAUUGGUCACACCCGUGAUACGAACACUACUCGGUCCACAAAUUGACAGGACUCCAAUGGGCCGAUUGGCGAACCCGGAAGAGAUCGCUGACGCCGUGGUCUAUUUGGCAAGUGACAGGGCUAGCUAUAUCACGGGCUCAGUGCUGUCGGUAAGUCUGACACUCAGGAGCCCUCGAGCCGAUGCUGAUCCUCAGUUUAGGUAG